GCCGCGCUGAGCUUAGCCUGGUGGCUUCGAGCAGCUCGGUGCCGCCAGAGCGUUCCCCCCCUGCCCGCGAGAGUGCAGCUGGCCCCGCUCCGGAAAUGCUAUUCUCGUGAGUGUUCAAGGAGCCUACAGAACUGUAAUGUCUAACCCUACAUGGAAUAACAACUCUUUGAAGUGCUCAGGCUGUACCCAACUCUGUGCAAAACUAACAAAUCAGCUGAAGCACCUACUGAUCAGGAUCAGCCUCAGUAAAGAAACGCACUGUGGUAGUUAAAAGGCAGUAAUUUCUAGGUGUCAGAGACACAGAAAAGCCCCACGUGGGGCAAAGAAAGCUGAUGGGGAAGCCUUGUGUGUAAUCCAGGAUGGACUGGCUGUGACGGCGUGCCUUAGCUGGAGAGGUAGUUAGGAUGAAGAGUUCCUGCAGAGCUGGCCUCCACAGGGAACCACUGAAUUCCACAUCCUCCACCUUCCAUCAAGUCAAACGGGUUUCUGGUAUGCACUUAAAGCCAUAUCUCAAGUUGCAGAAGAAAGAGCGAUCUCCAGAAAUAAGCCAGGACUCCCUGAGAAGCCUACCUCUGGGCCAUCAGAGGUCAGCACAAGAAGAAAAAUACACCAACAACUGCACCAAACAGAGCAUUUUCCCCAAACCCUCCCUCGUGACUCCAUCUCAAAGGCUUCUGGGGAUUAUUUAUCCAAAUACUAUGUGCAAUAUGAAUGGGAAAGCUCCAGCAGAUGGUCUGAGUGCAAGGGAAAAGAAGAAUGCCCUGUCUGCAACAAUCCACCAGGGAGAGGAAGGGGAAGGGCCUCUGGAUGUCUGGGCUGUCGUGAAACCUGGCAACACAAAGGAGAAGAUCGCGUUCUUCGCUGCCCAGCAGUGCAGCGGCAGCAACCGGCCGGGCUCCAUGAAGAUCAAGAGCACGUGGGACAUCGACGGGAGGACGGCCAAGCGCAGGAAAAAAUCGGUAGAUCUUAAAAAAGCCAAAAUCCAGCUGGAAAGAAUGAGGGAGGUGAACUCCCGGUGCCCCCAGCCAGAGCCUUUUGCCUGUGGCAUCGAGCACUGCUCGGUGCAUUACGUGAACGAGAGCGGUGAGGGUGCGUUCCCGGGCCGGUCCCUCUCGGUGAUAGAGAUGGUGGCCUUCCUGGAGCAACGAGCAAGUGCUUUACUGGUGGACUGUGCUAAAACUUGCAUGCCUGCUUCUACGACGAGGCCGAACGCUCAGCCCAAAGCUGUGCUGCCCAGCUCAGACCCCUUCUCUGCCGCUGGGGCAUGCGAGGUCUACGCGGAGAGGGGACCCUGUGGCACUGGCGAGCAGCAGCAGAGCGAGCCUGUGCGAGUGCUGGAUAUGGUGGCUAAGCUGGAGUCGGAGUGCCUGAAGCGUCAGAGCGAGCGGGAGGCCGGGAGCCUCUCGCGGAAUAACAGCUUCCGUAGGAACGUCGGGAGGGUGCUCCUGGCCAGCGGCACCCAGCCUGAGGGGGAGGUGGGGAAGGUGUCCUCAGGGCGCCUGGCUCCGGGGGAUGGCUUGGAGGAGGCAGGGGUAGCUGGGGCUGGUUUCGGAGGACGGUGCAGUCCUCUGGGUGACAGUGAGUUGUGGGAUGGUGCUGCAUCUCCUCGGCAGCCUUUUACUUCUGGGCUGGAUCCUCAGGUGGGGAAUGUGAGUGCAGGACUUGCUCAUGCGGUGCUGGCCAUUACCACUGGCAGGAGUGAUUCUGAAACGCGCAUCAAGCCUCCCAGACCUCUGCCACCUGUCUGUCCAGCAGCUGCUGGGUUGCCACCAGGUUCCUUGCAGAACAAGAACGCGACUGUUGAUUGUAUGUCAAAAGAGCCUGUCCUUUUCCCAAAGCAGAGUCUGCAUCCUGCUAGGAAGGAGCCCUUAUGCAUCAGUAUAUCGGUCACCAAAACUGAGAAGGGAUGCAGGAAGGAGAAGCUCUCUAACUCCAGCUCCAGUGAAGACCCGCUCCCAGGAAGGCUGUUUUUCCUCCAGGCUGACCAGCCUGUCCCUCAUGACCAACAGCUGCUAAGGGAAAGUACCCAAGAAAAGCCAGGAAAAGUAGCCCAAAAUGAGGAUGAGGAUGCUUUGGCAUCUGACAGACCAUGCGUCAGCAGUGGUGUCCCUACAGAGCCAUCUGCCCUUGCCAUGCCUCCAACAGAAGGGGCUUUGCAAGUACUUGAUGCCUCCUGCUUAAAACGGCAGGUUUCACAUGACUUUCUGGAAACCAGGUUUAAAAUACAGCAGCUUUUGGAGCCUCAGCAGUAUAUGGCCUUCUUGCCUCACCACAUCAUAGUGAAGAUCUUUGGAUUGCUCCCUACUAGGAGUCUGGUUGCCCUAAAAUGCACUUGCUACUACUUCAAAUUCAUCAUCGAGUACUACAACAUCAGGCCGUCAGACUCGCGCUGGGUCCGUGAUCCCCGCUACAGAGAAGACCCCUGCAAGCAGUGCAAGAAGAAGUAUGUGAAGGGGGAUGUGUCCCUGUGCCGCUGGCAUCCCAAACCCUACUGCCAAGCUUUACCCUAUGGGCCUGGCUACUGGAUGUGCUGUCACCGCUCUCAGAAGGGCAUCCCAGGCUGUAAGCUGGGUCUUCAUGACAAUCAUUGGGUUCCUGCCUGCCACAGCUUUAACCGUGCUAUCCACAAGAAGAGCAGAGGAGCAGGAGCUGAAGCGGAAGAGGAAUAUUAGUGCACAUACACUUUCCUGCUCGAGUGUUUGGGAGUAGGAGGAGAAUUCUCAUGCCUUGUGCUGUUUACAGUGUAUAUAAUUGUUGUGGUUUUUGUUGUUUUGGUUUAUUUUUUGUUUGGUUUGAUUUUU